AGGCAUUGCGUCGCCUCGCGCCCUCAGUGGCCUGCCGGGAAGAGAGGCGGGCCUCGGGCCGGGGCAGGGACCCGCCUCCGGGCGUCCGGGGCGGCCCCCGGCCUGUGCUCUUGGGGCGUGCAGUGCUUGCAGCGCUUCACCCGGUCUAGCUCGCCUCCAGCCGUGCCCCGCCCAUUCUCCAGGAAGCCGCCAGGAAGCUUACGGGCUGAGUGGACUCUUUCACUUUUCAGCGGGGCGGUUUCUGAGAGGCGGAGCUCAGCCGCCCAUUUCCUUUCUCCAGCGGCGUAAUCCCAGGCGGCGGCGCCUGGACCCGCUGGCUUCGGACACUCCCGCGCUGGGCCCAGCGCUGUGCGCGGCCCCAGAGGUAGCAUGGGCGGCGCCCGGGACGUGGGCUGGGUGGCGGCGGGCCUGGUCCUCGCGGCCGGCGCCUGCUACUGCUUCUACAAGCUGACGCGGGGCCGGAGACGAGGCGGCCGCAGGCUUCGGCUGCGCCCCUCGCGGUCCGCAGAAGACUUAACCAGUGGAUCAUAUGAUGACAGCCUAAAUGCUGAACAAGUUCAGAAGCUCCUUUACCUGCUUGAAUCAACUGAGGAUCCUGUCAUUAUCGAACGAGCUUUGGUCACUCUGGGUAACAGUGCAGCCUUUUCAGCCAACCAAAUCGUUAUUCGUGAAUUGGGUGGUAUUCCAAUCAUUGGAAGCAAAAUCAACAAUCCAAAUCAGAGUAUUAAAGAGAAAGCUUUAAAUGCACUGAAUAACCUGAGUGUGAAUGUUGAAAAUCAAAUCAAGAUAAAGGUAUACGUCAGUCAAGUCUGUGAGGAUGUCAUCUCUGGCCCCCUGAACUCUGCUGUGCAACUGGCUGGACUGAGGUUGUUAACAAACAUGACAGUGACCAAUGACCACCAGGACAUGCUUAGCAGUUAUAUUACAGACCUGUUCCACGUGUUGGUCACAGGAAAUGGAAGCACCAAGGUUCAAGUUUUGAAACUUCUUUUGAAUUUGUCUGAAAAUCCAGCCAUGACAGAUCGACUUCUUGAUGCUCAAGUGGACCCAUCAUUCCUUUCACUUCUUGAUGGCCAUGUACCAAAGGAGAUUCUUCUUCGAGUUCUCACACUGCUUCAGAAUAUAACAAACUGCCUCAACGAAGAGCGCAGUUUAGCCACGCAGCCAACUUUCCCUGCAGGUUCACUGUUUUCCCUGUUGAAUGGAAAAGAAUGUGCCCAGAAAAUGAAAGGUUUAGUUCAUCACCAUGAUGCAGACGUGAAGGAGAAGGUAACAAUGAUACCAAAAUUCUAAUUGGUUGGUCAUAUUAUUCCAAAGAGUAAUGCGGUCCAGAAGUAAUACACAGAAAUUUCUCAUUUUUCACCUUCCUCACAAAGAGAUUCUUUCAACUGCUGAAUUUAAACGGUAAAUAUCAUGCACUGUAAAUACAUUUCCUCUUCAACACAGCUGCAACUAGCCAUGGUCUUCUGGUUUGCUUUGGACCAUUUUAUUGACACCAGAUGAAUGUAAGAGCUUGUUCUGAAACUGUUUCUAUUUUGCUUUUUGGUAAGCUACUUCAGCUAUUCCCUCUACACAGAGCGACAAUGACGUUUUGUAUGUAAGCUAGCCUUCCCUUGUCGAAAGAGAUUUGCAGUUACUCCACCGGGACAGCAACACUGUUUCCUAACUGCCCUAGGAAGGACCUUGUUCUAGUAGUGAUGAGAUCCUGUACUCCCAAGGCCACCUGCCACUCAGGUCUGUUCUAAUCAUUAGAAUCUAUUUUUAGUCCAUGAAAACUUCUAACUGUUAGGAAAGAUGUUUCCUAAUACCCACUCCUCUUUACUGUAUAUAACAUACUGGUAUCAAUCAAAAUUCAUCCAAAGGGAGUUGAUCAAUCAAAAUUCAUCCAAAGGGAGUUGGUUAAAUCAGUUAUCCAGACUUUAAAGAGAAAGUCUCAGUGUGCUGAUACAUAAGGACAUCCAUGAAAUAUAAUUGUUUUUCAAAAUACAUGUUGUAGAAAAAUAGCUAUAAUGUGACUCCAUUUGUGGUUUUUUAAAUCUAAAAACAUAUGCUUAUAUAUGGAUAUAUGCUUGUGUCAUUCAUAUAUAUAGGCAUUUUGGUAUAUCUAGAAUGAAACCCAGUCUCCUAAGAGCAGGAUUGGAGAGUGAGGAAAUGACUUUUCUUUGUAGAGGUGCUUAGUCUAGUGUUCAAAAUGUAUGCUCACAGUGAAAAAUUCAUAGGUUUUUUUUUUAAGUAGAAAAAAGUGGCAAAAUUAUUUUCUCCCUUUAAGUGAAAAGUUUUAUUAAUUUUCAUCUAUAUUUUACAUGACUAAAAUUAUAAGAUAAAGAUUCUCAGCAGUUAUUUUAAUAGUAUUUUUGUCCCAUAAACUACUGUAACAAUUUGCUAUGUUUGACUUCCCUUUCUCUACCCCACAUCCCCAUGUUUUGUAAUAUUCAAGUUCAUGACCACCACCAUGCUUAGUUAUUAAGUAAAUCAGUUUGCAAGCAGGUUUCCUAUUCACAUAUUUAAGGCAAAUCUUUAAGAGAAGAAUACUUUAAAUUUCAUUUCUAAAUACAUAGAUUUCCAUAGGAAGUUACAAAUCCUGAAACAGAAAAAUGUGCUUUCUCAGGGUUAUACUGAUACAGAGAUGAAACUUGGGAGAAAUAUUUUUUACAGUAGAAAACAUUCAGUAUAUGAUGAAAAUUCUCAACUAGCUGUACAUUAUGAGCGCUAAGAAUCAUUUUCAGUGAUGCAAAUGUAAGUAUUACUUCCCUGAAAGGCACAUUUCUUUACAACAAUUUUGCGUAGUCUUCCUCAUUUAAUGAAAAUAUAUAUUCAAAAUGUACACACAUUAAAAUCAAGAUUAGAUUUUAAUGUGUUGUAGCAGCACUGUAUUCUAAAACUCCCUCUAUUCUUUUUCUCAAAGAACAUUUCCUGAGGAUCAGAGCAUUGAGUUUGAAAUGUCAAACUGCUAGAGAAAAUCGGCAGGGGGGAGUCAUUUCAACUAUCUAGAAAGAAUCACACAGUGAAAAUGCACAGUUAGAUCUUUAACUCUGCAGGUCAGGGCACAUCUUACUUUUUUAGGUGGUCCUAUUUGAUGGCUGCACCCUCUUGGGCAAUGAGUAUCAAAGUGUUCCUCAGACCACAGGAGAAAUGAAUAUCAAUAAAAUCUUACAUGUUGGUAUGGAUACUAGCUAAUCAAAGAGAAAAAUGAAAUUGACUUAGAGGAUAACACAAAUGAAAGGUAUUAAACUGGCUGGAGGGAACAGAGGGGAUUUCUCUAAUUUUUCAAAAUCUGUCUUUGCUUUGCACAUAAAACUCUUCAAAAUGUAGAUAGGAAAGAUGAAGCCCCAAUGUACUUAAGGAACAAAAUGCCAAAGUGGCAAGAAUGCUAAUGUUAAAAAUUAUAAAGCAUGGAGGAUGCCUAGAAAAAUGAGGCAAGUCCAAUUAAAGUUCUUGGAGACCCUCAGUGAAACAAUACAUGUGAAAACAAAAUUAACACUAAGGCCAUUAAGGAGAAAAAAUAACAAGCAAGAGGUGCAUGGCUUGCUUCACAGAGAUGAGGUAAGAGAUGAAUUUUCAGUCUGGCGUGCAACAGCAAGGAAGGUGACCACAGCGCACCGGCUAGUAUUAGGGCCACGCGUGCCAGAGCUAAUCCACCAGUAAGCCUUAACAGCUUGAGUCCUGUCUGCUUGCGAGAUAUUCUUUUGGAGUGAAAGUGUGUUUUUUUUUUUCCUUCUGAAGGUUUAUUUUAUGGGGAAAUUUUCUGUGCUUUAGUGCCCUCAAAUCAUAUACAUUUACCUGUAUUACAUAUACAUUUCCCCUUAACAAAUUUGCUGCAUCUUUGUAGCUAGAAAUACUGAAAUUAAAGGUUUACUUUUAUUUUGGCUAUAACUCUGCAAAUUUACAAAAUGCAGGAAAAGGAGAUAAACUUGUCAGUCCUCAAUGUUUUACUGCUCCUAUAUAUGCUUGAAUAUAUGAAAAUAUAUUAAAAGCAGUAGCCUGUUUUCCACUUUCAAAUCUACCUAUCUGUAGUAGGCAGUGUAUUUUCAAAGUGCUUAAAAAAAAAAAAAAACACCAAUGACUAUUAUUUAUUCAGGUUUGGAGGUAGGUGGGAGUCAUCCUCUUAUUGCACACGAGGACACUGAGGCACACAGAAAGUCCACGGUGGAAGCAGGACUGAAGUUCAGAUUGGCUACGUGCAUAUAUGUGAGAGAAAUUACAGGGCACUGCCUGGGUAGCGUUUGGUGUAGAAAAACCUGUACUUCGAUUAUUUUGUAUGAAUAAAGUUCAUUUUACUGAGACUCGAUCAGGGAGGGAGACAGGCUUCUGCUCGGCUCUCCCCCUUCGGAAGGGUCACAGUCACCACGUACCUGCAGAGCCUGUCUAUGACUAAAUCACUGUCUCUUACUAACCUCUAACAUCCCACACAGGCUUAAUACAAGUAGAACCGCGCUUACGGAUCAUUGGAUAUAAAAAUGUAAGACAUCACAAUCAUGUAAAACAUAGAAUACUUGUAAAUCUCACUGACAUUGGAGUUUCAGCUAAGAAACCAGAAAAAAAAAAAAAAGUAUAUAUACACAGAGAGGAGAUGGAAUAAGGAAAAAAUAAAAAUCCAAAGUAUAUGGUCUAUCAACAUAUAAGAUGUACAUUUGUCUUUCGUAAGUCAUGUCUCAUAACCACACUUCCCAGCUCAGAGGGCUUCUGCCAUAAGGAUUGUAGAUGUGUCAUAGAAUAUCCUGUUCCUCUCUUUAAAAAAUUGUCUUUACAAAUGGUAACUUAAUCCAAACUAUGUUUUCAUGUUUAAAAAAAUAAAUCACUUACCAUUUGGCAUAAUCUUAAUAGAGCACAAAUUGCUAUAAGCAUAUGGGAAUCAAUGUCAUAAUUUACUGUGACUAUAAAAAAUGUUUCUCUGUGCAGGUCUCUGAGAAAAUCUAGGUAGGUAUAUAGCCUUGACUUACCUUGCAGAAGGCCCCUAAGAAUAAAAAAAGAGAAGUGAGUUUUUAAAAUUGGUUUUUCAUAACCUCAAAACUCUACCAUGAAAGUAGAAUGCUUUACUGUUAAAAAAACAAAACAAAACAAAGCCCAUUGCAGUGUUUAUGUCGCUGAGACAGGACCUUAAAUAAUGAGUCGGCUAAUGUGGAUUUUAAUGACCCACCUCUGAACUCUUGUUUAUAUGGACCAGCAAUCAUAUUAGUAUCAGGUGAUAACAUAAACCUACAGAAGUUGUUUCCAAAUGUAAAAAAUCAUAAUAUUCAUGAAUUUCUUAGUCUUUUCACAUGUAUAUCAAAUGAUGCCUUUUUCAUGAAGAGCUCUUAUGUUCAUAUUACUCAACAUCUUCAUCAUCAGUAUUAAGGUAUCUUGAUUCGCCAUGCUUCAGGACAAAAAAAUCCUCAGUCUUAAGUCCGUACCUUUCUAGAGCUUCACACAGUUUCACUGGAGGCUCUAAAUAAUGCUGGCAAAGGGCAGAGAGAAACAAAAGUGGAAAAAGAUUAAGCACACCUAUAUUUGAGAGGAUAGUUCAAACAAGAUUUCAACUAGAAUAACCAACAUAGCCUGCUUAAAAUCUCUUUCCAUUUCAUCGAAAGAUUAGCAAGUGAGUCAAUCACUUUCUAAUAUAUAAUCACUGUUGAUACAAGUGUCACACUGAUCAAUUUAUCUAACACCAUGUAUGUCAACUUUGGUGCCAACUUAGAUUGAACAUUAGACUGCAUGAACUCUGAUCACUAUUUCCCUACAUGAAAUUCUAGUCUAAAUGGAACCAGUGCUAAAGAAUUAAGUGUUACCAAUAUUUGGGGAAAAUAUAGAAACUUAAGAUUAUAAGGAAGAGUAUGUGUGUAAGCAAACACUAGAGACAAUAUCUUUGCCUGCAGAAGGGCUGUCAUCCCCAAGCCCCUGCCAGAGACCACUUCUGUAGCGUGAAGUGAAGAGGGAGCUGGAGAAUAGAUUUGACAAGUGGAGUUUCACUGUUUCCUCACCCAGCUCAAAAAAAAAAAAAGUGAAGAUAGCACACUACUGAAGGAUGUUUCAACCUACUCAAAUGUCUUCCAAAUAAAUUAAAAGCGCUUGAGUGUGUUAUAAUUAUUAAAGUAAAAGGUAUAAAACAUAA